AUGGGUUUCGAAAGAGGGGAUUUUAGAAAAUGGGCAAGUAGUAUUUUUGCCCAUUUUUCCUGCUUGCCGGCUCCCUUGUCUGCCAGAAUUCGCAUAAAACGAGGUCUAUUGGGAACUGAGGCGAAGUAUAGCAUCUGCUCUAAGUGGGAACAGGUUGACAGUUAUCGGAACGAUCGUUUGAUCAUGGAUCAGGAAUAUCAAAUUUUCUUUAGGGACCGAUUCGGUGCACCAGAACUGUUGUUCUCCUCUUCGGCGACAGUGACAUCUCUUAGUUCUUGCUCCCCACAGCUAUCGAAAACUGAAGACCUUUUGUGGGACAUUGAGCAUGGUCCUCUUCGUGUUAUUUUUGCUGCGUAUGCUCUCCCAGGUGGUAAUAAUGGCGACUCAGAGGCAAUGAAAGCUUCUGCGCCAGUUCCUGGAACAUUUGUUCAUGUGUUUUGCUCAGAAAGCGGAAAAAGAUUAAAGACAAUUCAAUUGCCUACCGAAAAAGCUAGAGACUUGCCUGCUGUUCAUGGAAAAGUGUAUGGGUCUGGCGACUCCUCAGUGCCAUUCGCCUCUUGUCGAUUUUGCCCUUCAAAUCCUAAUAAGAUCAUAUAUCUAGCCGAAUGUUCCCGGAACGUUGACAAUAAAGAUCCUCCUAAAUCGACCUUCGGAAGUAUUCCUGAAAGGUCUCCUUUCAUAUUUGAGGAGAACUGGGGUGAGGGUUUGAGUAGUAUCUCGCGUCCAGUUGUUUGUUUUCUUAAUCUGGAGACAGAAGAAGUUGUUUCAACCCAGUCUACGUUGGAAAAGCUCGCUCCAGAAGCAAAGCAUUGGUCAUUCGACGACCCUCACUAUACCCCCAAUGGAAAUGGGAUCAUUUUUGUUGCUUAUGAUAACAAUCCAUAUCGACUUGGAUUGAAAUACUGUUUCCAACGAGUUGCUCGCUUAAUGUAUUGGGAUUUUGGUGAGCCAGAGAACUCGACUCUACAAUGCCUUAGUAAUGACAAUCAUGGUGCACGGUGGCCGCGUUUUUCUCCUGAUGGCUCAAAAUUAAUUUGGUUCGAAAUACCAGCAGGUGGACCGCAUGGACAAUGUUUUGCGAUGCUGGUCCAGGAUUGGCCUCCAAACCAGUCGAAAUCGGAGGUUAUCAUUCCUCCUAUUGCUAUGGCAAAGGACCGUUCAGACUUCCCAGGCCUUUACCUUUGUGAUGGGGUUCCUGAAAGAUGUUGGACGGCUGACAGCAGAGGAGUUGUUUUGUCAACCAUUUGGGGUGCGGAAAAGGCUCUAAUCUAUGUUGCUUUGGACCAAAGUUUGUCAUAUCGAAUCGUUCGUUUCCCAUCACCUCUAGCUGAUGUUGGGAACGGUGGUGGUUAUGGAACCGUCACCUUGAUGGACAUAACUGAUGAUGUGCUGAUUGUUAGUGCUAGCUCGCCGAAUGUCCCAAAGUUUCUUGCUGUUGCAAAAGUUUCAAGUCAAAGCGUUACCAAAAUAUGUUGGCUCAGUCUUAAUCUGACCGGAAAUGAGCGGCCCAUGGUGCCUUAUUUGAAGGGACUCGCAUGGAAAGUGCUCGAGCAUACAGCCAAAACAGAGGAUACACGUUUUGGUGUUGCACGCUUUGAGUCCAUUCUUGUUUAUCCUCUACUAGACUCUCCUUCGUUACAGUUCACUGGCGGUUCUCAUUUCGCGGAUCAAGAGGUUACUUGGAGGAGCAUUCGUGGCCUGAUUGUUCUACCUCAUGGCGGUCCCCAUUCUGCCUUUACCGCCGAAUGGUUGUCGCUACUGACUUCUUAUGUCGCUGCUGGUUUUGCUUGCCUUCUUGUAAACUACCGUGGUUCUGUUGGAUAUGGCAACUGCAGCAUUUAUUCACUCCCCGGCAGAUGUGGCACCAUUGACGUGGCCGAUUGUGUUCAAGCCACUGAAGAGGCUCUGUGCGAGUUGAGUAACCCCGAUCUGCCGUGUGUUUUACUUGGAGGCUCUCACGGUGGCUUUUUGGUGUUACAUUUGGCAGGUCGCUAUGCUUCGUUAUACCGCGCUGUAGUGGCUCGUAACCCAGUGACAAACCUAGUGAGCAUGCUCAGCACCACCGACAUCCCCGACUGGUGUUGGACUGAGGCGGGCAUCGGUUUGGACAAUGUAGUUGCCGAUCCUCAACAUCCUGAUCACCUUUGCCGUGAUUGUAUCUUCGUCUCAAAUUUCUGUCCCACCGAUCCCGACCACUUAGCUCGUCUCGUCAAUUGCUCUCCAAUUACUCAUGUCUCGUCGAAGUGGUCUGUCCCGAUUCUUAUGUGCAUUGGUGCAAAAGAUCGACGAGUGCCGAAUGAGCAGGGGAUCUCCUUCAUGCGCGCUCUGCGAGCUCACUUAGGUGAAAGAGCGGGAGAGACAAUGUGUCAGACCCUAUGCUUCCCCACUGAGGCGCAUCCCAUUCAGAGUCCUGCAGCCUCUAAAGAUAAUUUUGUGAGAGCUGUCGAAUGCUCUCUACCUCUCAUCUUAAUGGAUGACGGCGUCUUUUCAGAACUUCAAAAUGACGAUUAUGAUUUGGACAAUUCUGAAUGGUUUUCGGCAGCACGGGACAGUGUAAUAUUUCUGGUUGAUUGCACAAACACCAUGGUCAGCGGAAAGUUGCCUGAGGUCCCUGUUGAGGAGGGUGCCGGCACUGGUCUCAAGUUGGCUCUUCUUCUCUACGAGAAGUUCAUGCAAAAAAAGGCUCUCAGCAGUUCUGAUGACAUGGUUGGACUGGUACUCAUGAGGACGGGCACAUCGACCUCCUCGGACUCUAGAGGCGUGAACAUUUUGCAGAAUCUUGGUUCGGUCGAUGCACCGCGUAUCCUCGCAAUCGAGAAAAUUCGUGAGAUGUCCUCAAGCCACUUUAUCGAGUGUUAUGGGCGCCUACUUGCAUGGGAAAGCUAUCCCAUUCACGAGGCACUUUGGGUCUGCCAAAACAUUUUCAACAACGCGGAGAAGUCUCUGGGCUAUAAACGCAUAUUUUUGCUGACGGACGACCCUGAUCCAGUUCGAAACAAUAUCCAUCUAAAGCGUCAGGCGAUUUCCAAGGCGAAUGACUUACGCCAGAGCGGGGUAGAAAUAGUACUUAUGCCCAUUCAACAAGUUGACGUCGAUUUUAAAAUAGACCUUUUCUAUAAGCAUCUCCUCCCAUCAGCGACCGAAAUUGAUUCAUUCCUUGUGGAAUCAAAAUACGAUUUGAAUAAGCUAUUAACUUGGGAAAGAUUACAGGAACCAAGACGUCGUCGCAUGGGUUGUCUACCUCUCUAUCUUGUGCCAGUGACUCCCACAGCACUGAUCAGAGGAGUCACCGCUACUGAACCUUUCGUCCGGAUUCCCGCCCUUGCCUUUGGUGUUGCUGUCUACUGUACUGUGCGACGCGUCCUGCAGCCUAGACAGGUACGUGUUUAUGCCAAAACCAACGAGCCUGUCACAGUGAAGCGUCGAUUCUACAAAGCCCGGAGAGGUGAGCAGCAGUUCCAUGGCGUAAAGGCGGACAUUGAAAAUCUCGUAAUGCCACAAGAUAUUGUUCGAGGACUUCAUGUUGGAACUCAUAUAGUCUGCUUUGAGAAAAGUGAGCUUUCUGGACGCCAAAGGCAAGUGGCUAUAGCGGGUAUUCAUCUGCUUGGAUUCAAGUCGCUUGGAAAGCUGAAACUCUGGCACCAAAUGAAGACAGCCCAAUUCCUCUUUCCUGAGGAAGGCAUGGCUAGAGGGAGCACCUUGUGGUUUACGACGCUUCUCUCUGCCUGUCUGAGGAAACGAGUCUUUGCUGUAGCUCUCUACGUGCACCGUCAAGGCAUGUCACCACAUUUAGUUGCACUCGUUCCUCAAACAGAGGAAAUAGAUGAAUGUGAGGCACAAGUUGCAAGUUCAGGAUUUCACGUCCUCUAUCUUCCAUAUCGGGAGGAUUUUAGACGUUUUAGGAUGCCUAAGCACCAACUAGCUGCACCAGAGGAAGUGGAAGCGGCGAAGAUGAUAGUAAAGAAGAUGCUCACCAACUACCAUCCCGAGGCAAUACCGAAUCCGUCUCUUCAGAGGCACUAUGCAGAGAUAGAGGCAUUGGCGCUCGAACGCCCAGAUCCUCAUGCGAACUUUGACUAUACGCGUACGCCGCUUGCCUAUUCACUUGCAAGUUGUCAGAUGUAG